UGUAGUGGUAGUGUAGUGUAAAGUGUGAAUAAGUCGACAAAUUUGGUGUUUGAAUUAAAUUUUUAACCUUUAACUAAAUAAAUAGUAAUAUUUUGUUAAUAUAAAUAUCAGCAACAUUAUAAUUAAUUUAAGAUUUAUACUACAUCGUUUUGGGGAUUGAUCUGCUCAUAAGAAGAUAACAACUUUGUUUAAGCAUUUUUAUUUUUAGGUUAGCCUACACCUUAACUGUUGUUAGAAGUGUUAACAUUACUACAUCUAGGCUAUGUGUUAACAUUGUGAAAAAUUGUGAUUGUACUACAUAAAAUGGUGUUUUCCUUCGCUAAGUCAGUUAUGUGUGGAAAAUCAUUAUUAUUAGUUGGUAGACAUUGCAGUAUGAACAAAUUUAAAUCUUCAGUGAUAAGUUUAAGUUGGGCUAGGCCUAAACCUAGUUUUGAUAGGCCUAGUGUCAGGCAUUAUUGCACACCUCAAACAACGGACAAUUUAACUAUGGUUGGAGAUGAUAAAAAAGGUGGAUUUGCCAAAUCUUACGAAAAAUUUUCUAAGCAAGAUGAAAUCAUAGCAACUGAAGAACCAACAUUCUUAAGUCUAUUAAAAAAUUCAAAGUUCAUUGACCUUGGUGAUCCUGAAGGGAAAGUGGUAUCUGGUACAAUUUUUCAUGUUGUUGAGGAUGACUUGUAUGUGGACUUUGGAUGGAAAUUUCAUUGUGUCGUGACAAGACCAGCCAAAAACAAGGAAGAGUACGUGAGAGGUGCGAGGGUUCGACUGAGUAUUAAGGACCUGGAGCUGUCCUCUAGAUUCCUCGGAGCCCAGAAGGACUUGACGUUGUUGGAGGCAGAUGCAAUAUUGCUGGGUCUAGUGUCUUCUCCUGCUAAAGUUACAAUGUCCAAAAAGCAAUAGAUUUUUCUACAAUAAAAUAGUCUGUAUUAUGUUACUACA